UCUUCCUAAAAAGAUGUGACGUGUGAGAAAAGCACGUGGUUCUCGCGCCUCCGCGCGUUGAUGCUAUCGCGUUACGAGAGUCAAUUAAGAGUGUUCUUUCGACGAGUUGAUCGCGCGUGUACAUUUUUCGAAUUAUCAUCGUUACCGCACGAAAUCAUUAGCCCGAGGGUCACCGAGAGACUCGUUUAAUAACAGUCACGAAUGAGUUCUCGCCGGGCGUCGCAUUUAACGCGAAUAAACACCGAAUCAAGCAUCGUUUUCGCGGGAACGCGUUAACGCCACUCGUGUCUCGUGUAAUGAAAUAUUUCGCAGCGAAUUUCUUGGAAUUAACUGAAAGGCAACGGGCAUGUUUCGAUCUGCUACAAUUGAAUUGAGGAAUUAUUCAGUUUCUGUAAUGGGCUUUUGAGUUUUGUCAGCUGCAGCAAAGUUUUGCCUCCAGAAAACACAUUCGAGAGAUAAUUCGACGAAAAGUGAGACCCAAAAUAAUGCGCCGACGACGAGUGAUCCGCUCGGGCCAGCAAACUUUGGCAAACCCGCACAAACUUCGGCGACGAUUCGAUGCAUCGCGAGAAGCGGCUGUAAACUCUCACCAGCAACAAUAUAAAAGUGAUUUUGUAAUCGAUGAAUCACUCGCGAUCGAUUGAGACGAAAAGAGGGAAAAAACUUGGCCACCGCCACAGAAAUACCCUCACUCUCGUGCGCCUUGUGUGAACGGUCUAAAAAAUGGUUGUGCGAGAGGUCUCAACUCGCAGUCGGUAGUGACACGCGAUUUAAAACGGCCUGGUUCCGCGAUACCCGUCGCUACUACGGUAUUGUCACAAUUAUCGAGCCGAAAUAACCGGCGCUUGGGCCCCCGAGACCGAGAGAACCGGAGCGACCGUUGUUUUGGGUGAUAAAUAAACGACUCGCGAGGUGAGGCCAGCAGGCGAGAAGGAGCGGGAGAAAAAUGAGCGGCCAGGAAAACUUGGACGAGUGCUACAAAGUGAUCGAAAUUCUCGUUCUCGAAGCCGGUAAGGUGAUUGCCGAGGCCAUCGAUAAGGACAAAGUCACCGAAACGAAAACCAUCGACUAUGACAUGGUCACCGAGUACGAUCGAAAGGUCGAAAACACACUGGUCACCAGCCUGGCGAACAAAUUUCCUAAUCACAAGUUUAUCGGCGAGGAAAGCGCGGCCGCAAAUGGCCUCACACCCAAUUUAACGAACGACCCAACAUGGAUAAUAGAUCCGAUCGACGGAACGACCAACUUCGUGCACCGCUUUCCUCAGGUUUGCGUCUCGGUCGCUCUUUUGAUAAAGAAAAGGGCCGAGAUCGGUAUCAUCUACAAUCCGAUGAUGAACCAAUUUUUCACCGCUCGAAGAGGAAAAGGCGCUUUUCUCAAUGGCAAACCGAUCAAAACGUCGAGUGUUCAGGAUCUGUCUCUCUCACUCGUUGCAAUGGAACCAUGGAUCGCCAAAGAGGAUCCGUAUCGAGCUCACAUUUACAGACGAAUGGAUGCUCUCAUCCAUCAAACUCACGGAAUAAGAUCGCUGGGAACAGCCGCGUUAACGUUGUGCUACGUCGCCAUGGGAGCAGUGGAAGCUUAUCACGUGGAAAGUAUAGAGGCUUGGGACGUCGCUGCAGCACAAUUAAUCAUUGAAGAAGCUGGCGGAAUCGUUAUUGACACUGCUGGUGGAGAGUUAGACCUGAUGAAGCCACGUGUGAUCGCCGCUUGCAAUCGUAAAUUGGCCUGUCAAUUGGUUGAACUUUUCAACGAAGCUGACACCAAACCCAUCAAUGUUAAUCUCACUAGAAACUGUUGAUUGCUUUUUUGUUAGUGAAUAAAUAUUUCUUUCAAAUA